CGCACGUCUAUUUUUGAUCAUGCUAAACUAAAUCACAGAUGAAGGGCCAACAGGCGGCUAUGUACUUAAAAAGUAAUAUCGAGGACAGAAAGGUGUCAUACAUUAUUUAACAUUCGUUGAUCAUUAGCAUAGCAAGCGUUUUGGAUUUGAUCAAUGUUUUGUUGAGUUUUAUUGGAACAAGAAAAAUUUCCAAAAGAUGGAGGGUGGUUCUCUUGCUUCGACGUUGGACGCGAUGGCAACGCGGGAGCACGUGUACUUGGCCAAGCUUGCGGAAAAAGAUCGAGAAAUCGGCAAGUAUAAGCAGGUGGCAAAUGACGUGCAGACACGAUUUGAGGACGCUUUUGAGAAAACGUCCCUUCGAUUUGCGAUGGUCGAUCCCGCCGUUAACAUGGAGGUACUGCGGUUAAGGCAGAAACUCAAGGCACAAGAUGACGAGAUCGACAGUUUGAAGCAAGAGCUGAAGGCUACGCAGUUCAAGCCAACAAGGUUUUUCUUUUUUCUACUGCAGUUGAAUAACACUGAGCGCUUUGACUUUUUGAUAGCACUCUUCAUUCAUGAAGGUACAUUUGAUAUUAGCCUCGUUUGUUUAUUCUAGAUGAUAAUGAAUCUGUCUUCCGAAGGUAGCGCGUCCGCGUGCCUUUACAACAAGGACUAAGAAUGCUUUCUUUCAAACCAAGAUGUAUAGAGAAGGGUAGGUUAAAGGCGUUCACGUUGCCGCUUGUUUUGCCGCUCUUAACGGAGAAAGGCAUAGCAAGCGGGGGAAGCGAAUACAAAAACCUACCUCUAAUAUAAGCAUUUCCAUUUUUUUCCAUUUCAGUAUAUCUGGGCAAAAGCUGAUGAAGAAGUGUAGAGCACUGCUCGAGGAGAACCAGAGUUUAGGAAGACAGAUCAGCGAAGGACCUAUCCAGGACCUUCUUAUCGCGCUUGGAAAUGAGAGGCGCACGGUAAGACAACUGAACGAAAAGCUUCAGGAUGCGCAAGCCCAGUGCCAACAUCUGGAUGAAGAAAACGAAAAACUAUCGCUCCAAGUGACGCAGUUGACAGCAGCAGCAACAUUUAUGCUCAAGGCUUGAAAAGGAAUCAAAUUGACCAAUAAAUUUGCUAGAAGUACAACUACUUAGGCUUACUUCUUGUGCUUGAAAAUCAUGUAAACCUGUUCUCCAGAUGAAAGUGUAUAGUUCAAUACCCUCUAGCGCUUCAUCUCCACAUGUAUAUUCCUACACUUUUUUCAUGAUAUUGGGUGCAGUGGGUGCGAGUUCAAGCGCAGGCGCAGAGCGAGGAAGCAGUGUAGACCGCGUAGACCGCGCAACCAGUAGAGAACAUAGAAAUAAGCCAGACCGGGAUGAGCGCAAGAAGAAGGAACGGAAGAGACGAAAAAUGUCAGAGGACCGAUGAUUCUGCCGAACACUCUCCCCUAUGAUACCCCGACAGCGAAAUAGUACGAGUAGUUCACGCGCCAAACCAUCAUGGAAGCGUGAAACUCCGCAUCCCGGAAACCCUGACUUUUCCCGCCACUGAACAUGAAAGUUCAUGCGCUCGAUUCACGACUGAUGAUGUUUUUAGUAGGAUGCUGUCUUCGUCGUAG